CUUUUUUCAAUCUGUAAAUAGUGAUUAAAAGUCCAUUUCUUCAAUCCGUGAACAGUGAACUGUGAACACCUACCUCUACUGUUGUAACUUUUAAUUGAACGAGACGUUAAGAUUUAUAUCAAUUCAGUUGGAUAUAUUCUGCGCUAUUAUCAUCAACUAAGACAUUUAUAAUAUCAUCAGCGCAAUGCCGACGGGGAAAAAAUGUGUUAUUGUAACUGGUAGGCAUGUGUUUCACAUCUGUCUUUAAAUUUAAAUCAAAAUAAUCAAAUCAAUGAUUUCAAUGAAUUUGAAUGAAAUGCCUUUUCUGAGGCAUUCUGAUUCGGACUCACUGAACUUCACUUAACAAUUUUUGGAGCCCCAUUUUUUAGUUAAUUAUUAUUACGAAUUAUGUCUUAAAAUUAUCAAGUUAUCUGUUAUGGCCAUGAGUAAUUAUUGAAAAUGAAUGAGUUAUUUGGUCAAUUUUAGUUUGGGUCAUGACUUAUGAGAAGACACUUAAAAUUAAAAAUUAAGAGUUAAGAAUAGUUAAUUAAGAUUAAGACAGACAGUUAAGUUCACUUUUUUUAAUACUUUAUUAAACUUGGCUUCACCUUACUUAAUCAUAAAGAUGACUUAAUUUUUUUUUAAGUUUUAGAAAUUAGUUAGAGUUAGUUAGACUUAGACACUUGUGCCAUACAAACACUGCAUUUUAAAACUUAAUGCUCAAUCAAUACUGACUGAGAGUGAGGUUAGUUUAAGUUUUAAAAAACAACAAAAUGCUGGCCAAAUAGCCUCUGUCUCUGUACCAUAGCCUCGUUUUUAUAUUAUAACAAAUUAACCACCUAAUGAAAUACUGUACCAAUUCCAUCAAUCAAAAACAUUCCAAUCAGCAUAUUAAUAUUAAAAAGAAAAGCUAACUCUCUCGAAUAAACAAAGUAGAGAGAAUCCUACUUAGAAACUCAAAGUGGCUUGGAUUGCAUAAAUUAACCAAUACAACAACUGGCUGUCAAGCAGUGAAUCAAGCACCUUCCAUGGACACUUCCCUUACCUGCGGCAUGCCACAGUGCCCACAGGGCUCAGUUUUAGGACCUAUCCUGUUCUCCAUGUACACUAGCCAGCUUGGCUGAAUUAUUGAAAGUCAUGGUGUAUCCUGCAAAUUAUUUGCGGAUGACACAGAACUGUACAAGUGUUUCUGUCUGAUCAUUUGGACUGUGCUGCUGCUGUACUGGAUGUCGAUGACUGCUUGCUUGUGGUGAAAUCAUGGAUGGCAUCAAACAGACUUCAAUUAAAUGAUGAUAAGACAGAGGCAAUUAUGUGGUUCUGAUGCCAAUCUUGGGAAGGUUCCUAUCGCAUAAAUAAAAGUUGGUGUUUCUGAGAUACCCUUGUCCAACCAAGACUGUUAGAGACCUUGGCUUCUACACUGACAGUAAACUUACAAUGAUCCCUCAUAUCAGUUCUGGGGUCAGGGCUUGUUUCUGUCAUCUAUGUGCCCUGAGUCAGCUGCAUCCUCAACUUAAAAAGUGAACUGCCAAUGCCAAAGCAGUAACUCUAAUCCAAUCGAGAUUAUGUUACUGUAAUAGUUGUUUGUGGGGUAACCUCAAAACCAAAGUCAGAGACGCUGAUGGUACAAAAUACUGCAGCACUCACUGUAUCACAUAUAACGAAAUCUAACCACAUCACCCCAGUUCUUAAAGAUCUCCACUGGCUUCCUGUGAGUGAGCACAUUGACCACAAAAUUAUGUCCCUGGCGUACAGCUAUAUAGAAGGCUCUGCAUCUGAAUAUCUUCAAAAACUGAUUUCUAAACAUGUAUCCCUUACAGAAAUUGCACUCUUCAACACAGUCCUUAAUGAGGGUUCCCAGUGUGGAUGGACACACGAAGAAGUCAUACAGAGUGCUUUCUUUUGAAACUAUUGGGCCUAAAUUAAGUAAAAGUUUGCCUUAAUCUUUAAGGGAAAUUGAAAAUGAUAAAAAAAACAAUCAUUUAAGAAACAUUUAAAGGCUUUUUUUCUUAAAAAAGGCUUUAGGAUAUCUGAGCGCUGUGAGCAUGCUAAAAUAGCAUGGACACAAGCACUAUUAAAGUAUUCUUUCAUCAUCAACAACUCUGCUUGCGUGUGUGUCAUUGGACUAGUUGACAAGUUAGAUUGUAGUUUGGCUGUGCCUAUUCUUGCUAGAGCAUCUGCUCACUCAUUGCACAUUCUCUGUAAUGCCUAUGACUAUGUGGUUUCAAUUUUAGAAUAUUUUAAAAUUGUUAGUUAAAAUCAUGAUAUUUUCCCUCUAAAUGGUAAAAGCAGCAUGAUACUUUUUGAAUUUUUAAUUAUCUUUGCUAUGGGACCUCACAUGCUCUCAAGACAUAGUAUUGAUCAUAAAAAAUACUAAGUUUUAUACCAUAGUAACAUCAAUAAAUCUGUUACUAACUUAACUCAAAGACUCAGAGCACUCUACAAAUAUUUUGAUUGACAAAAGUUUUUCAGUGCCUUUUUACUAUCCAUUUUUACUCCCACUACCCCUUUACUUUCCUGAAUCCACCCAACCCCCCAAAUGACCAUGAGGCCAUAAAAAAUAUUUCAAAAAUUAAAUUAACUUUUUUUUUUACAGGAUUUGGCCCAUUUAAAGGUCAUCAAGUAAAUUCCAGUUGGAUGUCUGUCAAAGAGCUUUCUAAGAUGGGGCUAGGUGAUGACCAGGUGGAACUUUUUGUCUUUGAAAUUCCAGUAAUUUAUGAAGAAGUAAAAAAGAUUAUUCCUGAACUGUGGGAGAAAUACAAGCCUGUGGUAUGUUUGAAGUUAAAGCUUAUGUCUUUUGUACUUGUCACACGUAAACAUAAAAGUUCAUGUAUUUUAUAAAACAGUCUAUAAUACAACUGUACAAAAAAAAAAGGAAAUUUUUAACAGAAAUAGCCUUGUCACCAUAUCUGGCAAUACAACAAUAAUUUUCAAGUAUUCAAAUAAAAAGAAAUUGUAUUACGACAAUAAUUUUUUCAAAUAGGCCGCAUCCAUUCGCUGGUAAGUUUCGCUGAUAGCUAGAAUUAUAACAGUAAUUACUUAUUUGAAAAUAAGGGACUAACUACUUUUAAUUCAUAUUUUAAUUCAUGAAUAUCUUUCUUUAUAGACCAUGUCUAAAUUAAUAAUUAUUUCAUCUGAUUCUGACAGAAGUUAAGUUAAGUAGUUAUUCUUAUAUUUCCAUUCUUAUUAAAUUUUGAAAAAUUUAUCUUAACUAUACAGCAUCUCCUAUUCUUUCAGCAUUUUAACUUUUAGAAAGAUGAAUUCUCUUUUUUUUUAUGUAGCAUUAAGCUGAUAUUAACUUUGCUCAAUCUUUACUCUGACAGCUUAUGGUGCAUGUUGGUGUGUCUGGGGUAGCCAACGAACUGACAUUAGAGCAGCGAGCACACAAUGAUGGUUACAAUAGAGAUGAUGUGGAAGGAUUAGUGCCACCCAGUCAGAUGUGUGUGGAUAACUGCUGUGAAAAUGUACUCAUCUCUGGAAUUGAUAUGUCUUUGGUCUGCCAGGAAGUCAAUGAAGCUGAUCAAAAGGUCAGCUCGGUGGUUUCACAGGACCCAGGAAGGUAAGACCUUCAUGGUCGGGUUAUAUAGCUAGAAAUAUCAAAUCUAUCUACUACUUUUCAGAUUACACAUGCUUGUUGAAAUAAUUACAUACUGGUUCUAAGUCAAGAAUGCAAGGCUGCUGGUGCCCAGCAUUCAUACAGUUUGUAAUCAAUUUAAACCCUGGGAAAAAAAUAGCAUGGCUAAUGGUUACCAUUUUUUUAAAAAAAGAGGGAAUAUCAAAACUGUUAGAACUACAGAGCUGUUAGAUGGAAAAUUAUUUUCAGACGUAAUUAUAUAUUAUUGCAAAUAUGGCGGCUCACCUUUCAUGGUUUCACAGUAUCACAGCUUUUUUAAAUAUACCCAUAUAGAAUUGUAUAUAUUUUGUUAAAAUUACUAAGGCUUAAGAGUGUAAAAAGUGUUAAAGAUCAUAGGAAAUGUUUAUAAGAGUGUAAUAAAGGUUAGUAACAGCAUGAUAAGGUUCUUCUUCUUCUUUAUUUUGAGGGCCCACGAUCAAUGAAUUGAUCAUUCUGGCUCCUAGGUUUAAAAGAGUGUGGGGAGGGUUUAUAAAGCCUUAAUAUGUAUAUAAAUUAAAAAUUAAAUAUAAGGAUUUUUGCCUUUUGUGGGGUGUUCUGGAACCCCCCCCCCCCCCCCCCCCCACCCACCCCAUAAACAAGGGACCACUGUAGACCAACCCCACCCCACCACAAUUCAACCUCCAGCCCAACCUCACCUUCACCCCAAUGUCACCUCCAUCCACCUCCAUCCCAAUCUCCACAACCCCCUCUAUCCUCACCUCCACCCCACCCACCCCAUAAACAAGGGACCACUGUAGAUUGGACUUAACUUUUGGUGAAUUGAUUAUUUGCUCUCAAAUUUAUUGAUCUGGCAACUUCUGAAUAGAUUGAAAAAUCUUCACUGUACUUUAAUGAUUCACCAUAAAUUUUCAUAUAAUCUUUUACAAUAUUGCAGGUAUCUCUGCGAUUUCACUUAUUUCCAGUCCCUACACAUCAACCAAAAUUGCACAGCGUUCAUUCACGUUCCCCCUCUUAGUGGUCGAUACAAUGCCUUUGAAUUGGCUGAAGGACUUCAAGUAGCUAUUCGUGCAAUGCUAAAACAAGUUAAUCUAUAAUGGUAUUGGUAUGGUUAUUUUCGUUCAUAAUCUUAUUUAUUUGGAACUUGAGACCAAAUUUAUUAUAUUUCUUUUUUUAGAUAUGGAAGGAUGUAAAAAAAAAAUGUCUUGUGAUUUCAGUUUGCUUCUUUUUUUUAAAAUUAACUAAUAAUUACAUUCUUUAAAAAUUGUUUGUUGUAUUUUUUUGUUUGUACUUGUAAACUACAAAAGGUAUUAAGCAGCUAAUUCAAUAAACUUCUUAUCAUAAUGUAUCCAGAAAUAAAACACUGAUCUUUUUUUGAUGGCACCAUUCACGCAUACUUCACAUUGUAACUGUUGAAACUGUUUCUAAGGAACCAUUGUACAUUUCUAGUAAACACGUGUCCAAGGACUUUCCAUUAUUUCUUAUUGUUCAUCAUUGUUUAGAGGUCUCUGGUUACUCAUGAAACAAGCUCAGACAAAAUCUUAGUUUGUAAUUCUUGGUCUUUGAAAACGAUUAUUCAUUGGUGCAUUUUUGUUGAACCCUCUAUAAAUUUUGUUCUUUAAAUCAAAUGAUUAUUAAAACUAAUGAUGUGGUCAACAGAGCUGCCGGUUGUUAAAUGCUGAAAAAAAAACUAACAAGUUAGUGGGAAAUGCCAGGCACAUGACCUCAAUUUUUUUGUAUCAUUGUAACCAGACAUUUUUCAACUCUCCAGUUGUCACCUUUAGGUACAUGGUCUAUUAAUAAAAACAUUGGGCACUGGUAUUGUAUGGUCUUUUAAUCUAUUGACAUCUAUCCAGCUGACCAGUUAAUUUGACCCUAAUAUUACUUAAAUGUUAAAAGACUUAAUUUAUUUCUGAUAGUAAGCCUCAAUCCCUUCAGAUUUCCAUCCAAAGCAUAAUAAAAUCACCUUGCAGCUGUAGAAUUAUUUUCUUCUCUUCGACGUUGAAAAUAAAUUAUGUUAAAAUUUUAAAUUAUAUAAAAUCCUGCUGUACAUUUAUUGUUUUUCACAUAUUUUUAUGGAUCUUAAGUUAAUUUUGACAAAAUGUAUGUUGCAAGGCAUUUUUUAUUGGGCUGACUCUUUGGAAUAUUUAGACCCCAUUAAAGAAAGGGUACCAAACAUUCCUCUAUUUACAAACGUUGGAUGUUAGUAUAUUUAAUAUCAUGUAAAACCUUUAUCCCAUACUGAAUCAUGACCUGUGAUAUUGUAUUAUACAUCCUUAUACAUAUACUCCUGCUUAAUGUCUUUGUUCUAAUCAAAAUAGUAGGAACCUUUACAAAGAACACAAGGGUAAGUUGAUUUUUGUUCUUUGUAAAGUUAUUACAAAGUCUGUUUAUAUUUAGUCAUACAAGUAAUUAGCACCAAGCAGAAAAGAUAAAAAAUAAAACGCCACCUGAUCAGUGAGAGCCAUUAAAAACUGAUAUAACUAAACACAUUUUUUGGAGGUGGGGAGAUAAAAGUGCAAAGUUUAUAUUUUUUUGAUAGUCAAAUUAUCUAUUUGCACACAAAACUAUAUAUAUAUAUAUAUAUAUAUAUUUAUUUAUACAGUGGAAUGUUGGAUAACUAAUGUAAUCCAUUCCGUGACUCUGUUCUUAAACUUCAAAGUGCACUAAUUAAAAUACAUUUUCCUAUUGGUGUCAAUGUAAUUCAAUUAGUCUUUUCCAGCAUCGGAGGUAUGAAAAUAGGCAAUUUAAAGUAUCCUUAAUUAUGGACAUGUAUAUCACUAUCUCAACCAGAUGAUUUUCAUUUAUCCAAACUAACAACAGUUCAGCCAUAAUGAGGGCUACAAUAACACAGUGUAGUGUUUUAGAACAUGGCACUGAGACAAACAAUGUUUACUUCAAACGCUCCAACGUACUACUGAGCAGAUGGGAUUGUGCGUACAGGCGUAUGCAUAUUUUCAUACACUGAAGUAUCAUCAGACCUGUUUACCCUCAAACUCUUAAAAUCGUACAAUAUCAUCACAAAAUCGUUCUAUACCUUAGAUUUAUAGUAAAAAAUAAACAUGCAGUAUAUAUAAUGUUUACACCUCAAAAUCGUACAUUGUACGCCAAAAUCGUAAGAGUAAACAGGUCUGUAUCAUUCAUUAACCGAGAGCAAAAUUUUGUUCACAAAACUUGUUCGUUAAGCGAUUUUUUCAUUAUCCAAGAUUCCACUGUAUAUUGAAAGAGAGCCGUUGGAACUGCUCCCCUUCUACCUGAAUCUUCCACUGGCUCCAUAUAUUAUGGUCUCUUAAAAAAUAAAAUGUAUUUAGAAAUCUUAAAAGUAUAAAGUUUUGUGGUACUUAAAGAAUUAACUGAAUUUAGUGGCUCAUUUGAAUAUAGUGACUCAGAUAUUUGUUUUUACAGUACAGUAUGCCUCUCAAAUAGUGGUUAGCAAAGGCUUGACAAUAAAUAGUCCGGGGCAUUAAUACAUAGUUAAGGAUACUUUAUCCUGAGAUAAAAUGAGAUAAGACCCUUUUCUUACUUAUGAAGUAGAUCUUAAAUUCCAAGUGUAUUUUAUCAUGUCAAUAUAUAGUUUGCCUGAUCAAGACAACCAUUUUAUCGCAGUAACAAUUAUGAAAUCCAUACUGUUAAGGAUAGUUAGAAGAAAAUAGUGAUGACUCUUUUUACCCUCAUAGCUGUUUACUAUGUAGUGCCAAAUUUUAAAUAAAAAAUAGACUUGUGUUGAUUAAGGUUUCUCAUUUCCCAGGAUUCUCCUUAUUUUAAUUUAAUUUAAAAUAUUAUACUGAAUUAAACUUUAGAAAAUUAAUUUGUAUAGAUGUUUAAUUGUUGUCUAUUUAUGAAUAAAAAACAAUGUUACGGUUAUUUGAGAGAUUGGUCACUUGCUGCUAGGUGCUUCAAUUUCCACUGCUUAUCCUUAGCAAUGGACAAAUAGUUAAUAAUAUGCUUGUAAAGCAAAAUGUGAUAUAACAGCUUAUAGAAAAAAAAAAACAUUGUUUGAGCUUUGCAUCUUUACUGGACGCUAAUUCUAGUUACCAUUCCAACAGUAGAUAUUUACAAGCAAAUAUGUCUAACAACUUGCAACAAGGGGUUAGUUUCAGAUAAAAAACAAUUAGGAAUGUUAAUAAAUGUAUCUUUAUGUGAAUGUGUUUUACAAUGUUGAUUUUCGAAGCAAAAAAAAAACAAACUAUGUUAUAUAAAGGCAGUUUGACACAUUAAUAUUUUAGGAUAAUCAAGUUACUAGAGCACAGGUUUCAGCCCAUGGGAGGUGACCUCAAAUGGGAUUGCAAAGGAUUUAUGUGGGGUCACCAGCUGAAACAGUAGACUAAGAGAAAUAGCAAUUUUAAAUACAUGUAGUUUUUCUUUUUUAUUUUGUCCUACAUUUUAAGUUAUAAUUUCACUCAUGACAUUAAAAAUGUCACAAAUUACCUUAUAUUGGAAAUUUAAGUUUUAAAAUGUUACCCUUUCCAAUAUUUUACGCUGCUAAAAGUCACUUUUUCCAAUAUAGCAUGGCACUUUGCUUCAAUAUGCAUGUGGUCAUGACUUAAAAACGCUUAAGAAGCUGCUUACUGAAGCUAUUUAGCUUAGUAAUUCAGUGCAGUUAACUAGAUUUAACUUCUUGACUUAUAGGGACAAUACGUGACAAACUGUAACUGGAUGAAAUGGAGAAAAAAAACAAGAAAAUUUUAUAACUGUAUAUGGCAUUUUCUGGGAUGGGAAAAUUUCCCAGGAAUUCUGUUUACUAAAAAAUCAUGUGGGAUCCCUAGAUCCUGGGUAAUCAUUGAUGGACUGCAUUCAAGUUGUGUAAAUGAAAUAUAAGAACAAGGUAUUUUAAACUUGAAUUAAUAGACAGGACAAAAUUUUGGACGUUUCGGCUCAGAUCCUGGGAGAGAAACCCUAGUCAUGAUGUAUGCAUUUACUGCAAAUACUUUGCUCCUAAUGAUUAAAACCUUGUAUUUUUUUGCUAAAGUCAGGACAAAAGCAAUAGCUGUACCCAAGGUAUUUUAAGCUGUGAUGAUAAAUGUCCUUAUAUAUUUUUUGGUUAGCUUGAACAGAUAUUAUUUAUGAUAUUAUGGUUUGACCACUUAAUAAUUUGCUCCUUUUUUAUUCUCUAGUUAUAAAACUAUUUUGUAUUAAGGAAAUUUUAGCAAAAUGUACUGCUCUGUACUGUACACAUAUCAGUAUUUCGGGUAAUAAGUACUGUCUCAUUUGCACCUAUUUUACUCAGAAGAGUGCAUUAGAUUCUAUUGUCUAUUUGAAACUGUUGGACCAUUCAUUUUUUUUUAAGUUGUAGCUGAAAUUAAUUAGGUUAAAUUUUGAGUUUUAACCACCCAAAAUAUUUAUCUACUACUGAAUGUUCAGCUGAUGUCUUUCACCAGUCAUUAUUGGUAAAGUGGUUUGAUGGAAAUUUUAGUCAAAUGUCUAUUUUGUUGUUUGAUACCAAAGUACUAAGGUUACAUAUUAAUCAUUUCCAAUACAUUAUGGUAAAUUUAUAAAGUUUUAAAAAAAAUUCUUGAUCAAAUCUAAAUUUGAAAUCUCUUGCCUAACUGAAACUGCAGGGAAUAGUUAAGAAUUUGUCAACAAUGUAUGUACUACAAAUAAGGAUAUUAUUUUAUCUGGUCUGGUAAGAGCUCUUGUGUCAUAAGUCCCAGAUUUAGUGAGUGUGUUAAUGCAAUGUAAUAUGUCAUCAAGAUUACAUAUCCUCCUUACAUUAAUCCUUGAAAUUAAUCAUUAAUUUUUUUUCUACUGUCAUAAAAACAGAAUUUGUAUGUCAUAAUGUUAAAAUGUAAAAGCGAUUUCUUUAAUGUAUAG